AUGAAUUUGGAAAAUCGCGUACCUGCAAUAAGCCCUCUUUUUGAGGCAAUUGGUAAUGCCAAGACGUUACGUAAUGAUAACAGCAGUCGUUUUGGUAAAUUUUUGCGCAUCGACAUCAGUGCCAACAGGAUGUUCCCUAUGUCUGGUGGCCGAGGCCAGAAAUCCGCGACUAAUUUCAUGCAGGCCAUUGUCAGCACCUAUCUUUUGGAGAAAUCUCGUGUCGUAUUUCAGGCAAGUUUUCAAAAUAUUCUUAUUAGUAGGUCUUGA